CACUUUGAAUACGUACCACCAGGUGUCGCGUUCGUCAGGGUGUUUAGUAAAAAUCUGUAGGGAUACGUAAUCAUCAUGAUGUCCCUAACGUGUUUGCAGAAUCAGCUCCUACCUUUAUCGCAAAUAUUCGGAGCAUUUGGAAGUCGGCAAAAGGUUCCUUCAGCAAGGGUUUUCACCAAAUCUAAGAAUUCCGAUCCGUCUGAAUCAAACUGUGUUCAUGCCGAUAGUCUUACCCCAGUUUCCAAUGUUUUUGCUGAUCUGUCACAUCAAGAUGUUAAUCAUCUACUUGAACAAAUAUCUCCAGUGUAUCAACAGUGUAGAGCAAGACCUGCUUCCUUCUCACAGAGUUAUGUAUCUGCCAACACCUUUUUAGAAAACAAACAAGGCUACCGAGAAAAUGUGUGUUAUCACUCCUUAACUCUACCUUUCCAAAUUCGGACCUUUAAAACCUACAGAAGUGGUGACGUAAAUAUUCAGAACACAUCAGUAACCGAACGUUUAAGAUCAAAACUUCAAGGUGGUGAUGUCAAACGUCUUGCUUUGGGAAAUGUCCAUGACAUGACAGCUAGAGAUAUAAAAGCGCUUUUAGGAAGUGAAAAAUUGGCACCUGAAGAACAAGCACGUUUAAAGAUAGCAUUUGCUGAAGGUUACCUAGCGGCGGAUCCGAAGAAAAAUCCUAGCAGAGCCAUGCGAGCCCUAAAAGUGACCCAGUACAUCUUGAGUGUGCUUAUAUUUGCAGCAAUUCUUUUCACAUUUAUGGGCACUUUCGGCGGGAGUUCAGUAUUUAGAGUGUCAGUCGGAAAUGGAAGUGAAGUAGCUCCAGAAGAAAUCAAUGUUACUUUUGAUGAUGUCAAAGGUGUCGAGGAAGCUAAACAGGAGCUAAAGGAAAUUGUUGAAUUCCUUAAAAAUCCAGAAAAAUUCUCUGCACUUGGAGGCAAGUUACCCAAAGGUGUUUUGCUAGUCGGACCGCCAGGAACGGGUAAAACACUACUCGCCCGAGCGGUUGCAGGAGAAGCUGGAGUUCCCUACUUUCAUGCUGCUGGUCCAGAAUUUGAUGAAAUAUUAGUGGGACAAGGUGCACGCCGCGUGAGAGAUCUUUUUAAGGCAGCAAAAAUGCGUGCUCCGUGCGUCAUUUUUAUUGACGAAAUAGACUCGGUUGGAGCUAAGAGAUCAAACUCCGUCCUACAUCCAUAUGCAAAUCAAACAAUCAACCAGCUUUUAGCUGAAAUGGAUGGUUUUCAUCAAAACGAGGGUGUAAUUGUUCUUGGAGCGACAAACCGCCGUGACGAUUUAGACAAGGCUCUUCUGCGCCCCGGAAGAUUUGAUGUCGAAGUUCAAGUACCUGUUCCAGACUUUGCUGGUCGAAAAGAAAUUCUUCAACACUAUUUGAGUAAGGUCAAGUUAGCCGACGAUGUUGAUGUCGAAUUGUUGGCUCGCGGCACUACAGGAUUCACGGGAGCCGAUAUUGAAAAUCUCGUGAACCAGGCCGCGGUACGUGGUGCAAUCGACGGAGUUCCCGCCGUCACAACAAAAUAUCUUGAACAAGCUAGAGAUAAAGUUCUUAUGGGUCCGGAAAGGAAGUCAAGAAUCCCAGAUGAAGAAGCAAAUUUGAUUACCGCGUACCACGAAGGAGGCCACACGAUCGUGGCUCAUUAUACGCAAGACGCCCAUCCAUUACAUAAAGUAACGAUCAUACCAAGAGGUCCUUCUCUAGGACAUACCGCAUACAUCCCUGAAAAGGAACGAUAUCACGUGACCCGAUCUCAGUUACUAGCGAUGAUGGAUGUAGCCAUGGGAGGGAGAGCAGCUGAGGAACUUAUUUUCGGUCACGAAAAAAUCACAUCUGGUGCAUCAAGUGAUCUUAAACAAGCCACAUCGAUUGCUAUGCACAUGGUGAAAGAGUGGGGUAUGUCCGAAAAGGUUGGAUUCCGCACCAUUGAACAAAACAAUGGUUCUUUAGUCGUCGUGAACGACCUUAGUCCACAAACAGCUGAACUGAUUGAUUCCGAAAUUAAACGGAUUCUUCAGGAGUCCUAUGACAGAGCAAAAGCUAUUCUGAAAGAACACAAGGAGGAACAUAAAAUGCUAGCGGAAGCAUUGUUGAAGUACGAAACUUUGGAUGCUGACGAUGUCAAAUCAAUACUGACAUCAAAGAAAAACUUCUGAUUUAUUUACGUUUGGACCCAACUUCUAGCUGAUAACAAAAACAGUUCUUUAAAAUCAUUUCUUGCGAGAAAUACACUCGACGAUAGCCAAAUGAA